AUGGAAUACAACUACGAGCAUAUCCCAGAGACAAAAGAAGACUUGGACUGGGCCGAAUUGAUAACUCUAGAUCUCAACCUCUUCGAUAGCCCUGAGGGUAAGAAGGAGCUUGUUGAACAGCUCCGCUACGCUGCACAGCAUGUCGGCUUCUUCUACGUAACCAACUUCGGCAUCUCGGAAGAAGACGUCGACCGGCAAUUCGCACUAGCAAAACGAUUCUAUCAACUGCCCCUAGAAGAAAAGCUCAAAUAUCACAACUCCCAGGAGAUGAGAAGCGGUCAUUUUAACGGAUAUAGGCCUGCUGAAUUGCGCAACCUGCUGCCCGACGGGUCUAUCAAAGACAACUUCCAGGUAUACAACAUUCCCAAAUUUGAUGGCUACCAUGCAAGACCCCAGCCGCAAGUUCUGCAGGAUGAAAUUGCACAAAUUGAGGAUUUUCAGCGCCAAUGCCACACGAAAGUCAUCACCAAGUUAUUCAAGCUACUGGCCAUCCUUCUAGAGCUCCCAGAUGAAGAUCAGCUCCUGAAAAUGCACGGAUACGACAACAAAGGUGAGGAUCACCUCCGGUACAUGUUCUAUAAGGCGCGCACGGCCGAAGAGAACAAAACUGUAGGUGGCUUAUACGCAGCUGGCCACACCGAUCUAGCUCUACAGAUUCGGAACAGCCUUGGAGAAUGGAAAUGGGUUAAACCGCAGGACAGAGCUUGUACAGUUAACAUUUCGGAUGCUCUCUCUUCACUCACAGGCGGGUAUCUGAAGAGCACGAUCCACCGUGUACAUGCGCCCCCAGCCGACCAAGCGCACAUUGACCGCAUCGGCGUGUUGUACUUCAACCGCCCUAACAACAACGUUAUUCUCGACCCUAUAACCACUAGUCCACUUCUUGCGCGCCUUAACAUGACUGAAAACGAGUUCACACGACUAGGCUACCACCUAACAAUGGAAGAUACUGAGGGGAAGUACGAGUAUGACCAAAAGCAUCUGGAGAUUCUUCCAGGUAUGCAUGCCAAGAUAUUCAACUAG